AUGGGCUCCUCUGUGCACAUGAGGAUUAUUGUACUCCUGGCUGCCAUCUCCCUAACUCAGGUGAUCACUGUCUCCUGCCAGGAAAACCACAACAACGAUACAUGUGUUGAAAAUGGACAAACAUAUGCCAACAAAGAAAUGUGGAGCCCUGAUCCUUGUCGGAUCUGCGUAUGUGAGGCCGGCAGCACAAUGUGCGAAAGUGUGAUUUGUGAUGACCUUGGAGACUGCGCCCAAACGAUGACCCCGGAGGGCGAGUGCUGCCCGGUGUGCAUCACUCCAGGGACCAUUCCAACAGCAAACCCUUCUGCAGCUCCCACAGAGGAGGAAGGCUCGAGCUGCGAGGUGGAGGGGAAGAUCUACGCUCAUAACGACAUCUGGAAGCCGGUGCCCUGUCGUGUUUGUGUGUGCGACAAUGGCGUAAGCAUUUGCAGCGACGUGCAAUGCGAGGUGGUACCCAACUGUCACAAGGUGGUGACCCCGGAGGGCGAGUGCUGCCCAGUGUGUGAGAAUCUGGCCAGCGCCACAAGGCACAUCGGGACAGAAGGCUGGUGGGAAUCCCUGGACCUCAAGGACCCUCCGGCCCUCCAGGUGCUCAGGGGAGAACUGGACAUAGAGGAUUUAAAGGCAGAAGGGGAUUCCAAGGGCCCCCGGGUUUUGAUGGAGAGCCUGGAAUACCAGGGAAUCCAGGAGAGCCUGGCCCCCCGGGUUUCCCCUCUAUUCCUGGGGGUCCAAGUGGUGGUCAGGGUCUCCCAGGGGAGGCUGGGGAGCCAGGACAAAUGGGUGAACCAGGUCUUCGAGGGCCAGAAGGAUUGCCAGGAAAAAGUGGUCCUGAUGGUGAAGCUGGACCUGUUGGUGCUCCAGGAGAGAGUGGAUUCCCAGGAUCACUGGGUGCACGAGGACUACCUGGUACUCCAGGAGUUUCAGGUCAAAAAGGGUGAGAUGGGCAUGUUUGGUCCUAGAGGAGAGCCUGGAGCUGUGGGUAUCAAGGGUGCUUCUGGAACUCCUGGAUCCAUGGGUGCUACUGGCCCAGUGGGGCCACCUGGGUUAGUGGGAGAAAGAGGAAGAGCAGGUCCACCUGGUGCUGUGGGAAAACGUGGAGCUGCUGGACAUGUUGGCAAACCAGGUCCCUUGGGUCCAAUUGGAAUCCCUGGUGUACCUGGCUUCCCAGGUGCCCCUGGACAGAAGGGUGAAGUGGGACCAACUGGUGUGAGAGGAAGUGCAGGUCAGCAGGGACCCAGAGGAGAUGCAGGUCAUGUUGGGCCACCAGGACCCACCGGACAGCAGGGCCUAGCAGGCCCUAUGGGUCCAUCAGGGCUGUUAGGCCCAGUUGGGCCUCCGGGACCCCAGGGAACCACAGGAAUACAAGGACCAAAAGGACAAGAUGGAGAUGCCGGUGUGGCUGGAGCGAAAGGAGAAGCUGGACUUAAAGGCGAAAGAGGCGACCAUGGUGCUCCUGGUCUGAUAGGCCCCAUGGGAGAUGAAGGCAAGCGUGGAGCCCGCGGUGAUGCAGGUUCUGUCGGUGACCAAGGACCUCAAGGCGAGACAGGAGUCCCUGGGAACCGUGGGUUCCCUGGCACGGAUGGUUUCCCAGGAGCAAAAGGAGCUCAGGGUGAAAGAGGGCUUCCGGGCACAACCGGUACAAAAGGUCUGACAGGAGAUCUUGGAAGACCUGGAGAGCCUGGAUUAACUGGUGCACGGGGAUUGUCCGGAAUUAUUGGUGCCGAAGGAGAAGAAGGCAAGCAAGGACCACAGGGCUCAGCAGGAGAUGAUGGCAAACCAGGCCCAGCUGGUUCUACAGGAGGUCGGGGUUUAGCUGGACCCAUGGGCCUACCAGGACCAAAAGGCCUCGCUGGUGAUCCUGGAAAGAAUGGCGAGGCUGGUAGUACUGGCACACAGGGUCAAAGGGGAAUCAAUGGAAAAGAUGGUGAGGAGGGAGCUGCCGGUCCAACUGGCCCCGCCGGUCCUGCAGGGAAGAGAGGCGAGCAGGGACCACAGGGACCCAUUGGGUUCCAGGGUUUGCCCGGAGUGCCAGGCCCACCAGGAGAAUCUGGUAAACCAGGAACCGAGGGAUUUGCUGGGGAGGAAGGCUCUGCCGGAGCAUCAGGACUGAGGGGAGAAAGAGGCGCACCUGGAGCAAGGGGUGAAACUGGACCCAAAGGACUACAGGGACCUAAAGGUAGUCCAGGUACUCCAGGUCCAGAUGGAUUUAAGGGAAAACCAGGGGUAAAAGGAGCCAUUGGAGAAACAGGAAGUCCAGGACUGCAAGGGAUGCCAGGGGAAAGAGGCAUUCCAGGAUCUCCAGGCCCAAAAGGGGAUGUGGGCUCUAUUGGUGAUGCAGGACUAGAAGGCAAGGCUGGAAUUGAUGGAACUCGUGGUGUGUCUGGGCCAGUUGGACCUCCAGGUGCUGUUGGAGCAAAUGGUGCCAAGGGUGAACCAGGUGCACCAGGACCCAACGGACGCCGAGGAACAAGAGGAGUACCUGGUUCGACCGGUGAGCCUGGUGCAACUGGUGCUGCAGGUUUCCCUGGACCUGCUGGUGCUGAAGGUCAGCCUGGGGUGAAGGGGGAGACUGGGGAGCCAGGCCUUAAGGGUGAGGCAGGACCAAAUGGACCACCAGGAAUGGCGGGCACACCAGGAGUGCAGGGCCCAGUCGGACUGACUGGACUUAAAGGUGGCAGAGGAACACAGGGCGCAUCGGGUUCUGCUGGUUUCCCUGGUCUACCUGGUGGCGUCGGUCCACACGGUUCACUUGGUGCUGUUGGAGCAGAUGGGCCCAUUGGUUUAACUGGAAAGCAGGGCACCCCAGGUAUUCGUGGUGAAAAUGGGGCUUCUGGACUUCAAGGGGAGAUUGGUGCUCCAGGACCGGCAGGCGAUCCUGGAGAGAAGGGUGAAUCUGGAGAGGAUGGUGCUCCAGGUCUUCCCGGACCUCCAGGACCUCCUGGCGCUUCAGGACAGCGAGGCGUUGUGGGUCAUCCUGGUGUGAGAGGAGAAGGAGCCAUGCCAGGCCUGCCUGGUUCCGCGGGUCCUCCUGGAAAACCAGGAGCUCCUGGUAUUCCAGGUGGAAAAGGUCCUCCUGGUGGAGUUGGUCCAAAGGGAGCCACAGGGCCAAGAGGAGAUGCAGGCCCUGAGGGUGUGGUUGGUGAGGAAGGCCCUCCCGGAACCGAUGGACUAUUAGGGGCACGGGGUGAUAGAGGUAAUGCUGGUCCUGAGGGUCUAGCUGGAGGUCCAGGUUCUCCAGGAAAUGAAGGUCCGGUGGGCCCUACGGGCAGUCCGGGAAAGACAGGCGAAAAUGGUGCCAAAGGAUCGCCUGGACCUCAUGGAGCACCUGGAGUACGAGGCAAAGUGGGCCCUCAAGGACCACAGGGAGACAAAGGACCAGAUGGUGAACAAGGAGAGAGGGGUCAGAAAGGUCACAGAGGUUUUACUGGUCUCCAUGGUUUGCCAGGAAUUGCUGGAGCUACUGGGGAUGCUGGUCCUCCAGGUAUCGUCGGACCAGCUGGAUCAAGGGGCCCUCCAGGUUUGGUAGGUCCUGCAGGCAAGGAGGGUAACAUGGGCCAGCCAGGAGCAAUGGGAGCACCCGGAAGCAGAGGAGCCAGUGGUGACAUUGGAGUUCAGGGUCCUGCUGGAGAACCAGGACCUCCAGGGCCUCCAGGCCCACCUGGACCUCCCACUGCAGCUGUGAAGGAAUAUUUUGCAGCUCCCAUGGAUUUUGAUGAGGACGGCAUACCUGAAGCUUUGGAGUUCUUCAAGGAUGAUGUGGCGGUCGUCCCUCCUCCACUUCCAGAGUUAAUUAAAGACGAGGCUCUUCCUAAUAGGAGUCCCAUCAAUGUCCAUAGUACUCUGAAGACCCUUAGCAAGCAUGUGCAGAACAUGCGGAGCCCAGAUGGGACAAAGGAGAAUCCUGCAAAAACAUGUCAGGACAUCAAGCAAUGCUAUCCACAGAAAACAAAUGGAGAAUACUGGAUUGAUCCAAACCAAGGAAGCACUAAAGAUGCCAUCAAGGUGUUUUGCAACAUGGAUAGUGGUGAAACCUGCAUCUCUGCUAAUCCAGCCAAUGUUUCCCGCAAAUCCUGGUGGACAAAAUCCACUCCUACUGUCAACAAACCUAUUUGGUUCCAAUCACAGAUGUUCGACGGAACCGCAUUCCGUUACGGAAAUGCUGAGGAGCAGCCCAACACAGUGGCGGUUCAGUUGAAGCUGCUAAAGCUUCUUUCCAAAGAGUCCCACCAGAGAAUCACCUACCAUUGCAAGAACAGUGUGGCAUAUAAAGAUGCCAAGGGCACCAUGAAGAAAGCCCUGAUCCUUAAAGGCGCCAAUGGUCAAGAGCUAAGGGCCCAGGGCACUAACCGCCUGCGAUACACUGUCAUUGAGGAUGGUUGUGCGAAGUCUAAUGGAAAAUGGGCGAAGACAGUGUUGGAAUACAGGACUCAAACCACCAUCAGGCUGCCCAUUGUGGACGUGGCACCCAUUGACAUAGGAAAGGCCAAUCAGGAGUUCGGCCUUGACAUCGGACCUGUGUGUUUCUCAUAA